AUGGCCUCGGCUUGUCACGAUGCAGAAGGCCUCCAAGAAACAAUAUCUAACCCGGGUAGCUUUGAGGAAAAAGCCCAGGGUAAGAGCUCGGGCAAUGCCGUCCUAGCCCACACAUCGACCAGGGCCAGCGAUGUCGUGUACUCUGCAUUUUCGAAAGCGCAGAAGAGAUAUAUCGUCUUUUGUACAUCCUGGGCUGGUUUCUUUUCCCCGGUGUCUUCACAGAUUUACUAUCCGGCCUUAAACACCCUAGCCAAUGAUCUACAUGUCUCAGGUGGCUUGAUAAAUCUGACUCUCAUGAGCUACAUGGUACGAGUACCAUUUCCCCGUCUGUCCAUGAAUAAGAAAACUUACGAUAAGAAGAUUUUCCAAGGGCUAUCGCCCAUGUUCGUGGGUGACUUUGCAGACAAAGCAGGCCGACGGCCAGCCUACAUCGGAUGUUUCAUCCUGUACAUAGCAGCCAACAUUGGACUUGCACUACAAAACAACUACGCCGCACUGUUCGUUCUCCGCUGUCUACAAAGCGCCGGAAUCAGCACUACCAUUGCGCUCGGUUCGGGGGUGGUGUCGGAUAUCGCAACUGCCGCGGAGCGGGGCUCAUAUAUGGGCUUCGUAACUGCCGGCACGCUACUGGGCCCGUCCGUGGGUCCGGUCAUCGGAGGCCUCCUGGCGCAGUAUCUAGGAUGGCGAGCUAUAUUCUGGUUUCUGACUAUAUUCGCCGGCACCUUCACCAUCCAGUUCUUACUCUUCUUCCCUGAAACGGCCCGGAAAGUAGUCGGCAACGGGUCUCUCCCGCCUCCAACCUGGAACCUAUCAUUAAUCAACUGGUAUCAAACCAGAUCCAGAAGAACAGAAGAAGAACAAGAGGAAGCAACCAACACCACAGAAGAAAGAAAUAAAAUCACAUUCCCAAACCCACUAAGAACCCUCUCGAUCGUCUUCCAAAAAGACACAAGCCUAAUCCUGCUCUCCAACGCCAUCCUCUUCGCCGGCUUCUACGACGUCAGCGCCUCCAUCCCCUCAAUCUACCAGGACCUAUACAACCUCAACGACCUCCAAAUCGGCCUCUGCUACAUCCCCUUCGGCCUCGGCGCCACACUCGCCUCCAUCAUCUCCGGCAAAAUCCUCGACUCCAACUACCGCCGCCUCGCAAAACAACUCAACAUCCCCCUCCACAACUCCACCUCCAGGGACCUAAAAGACUUCCCCAUCGAAAAAGCCCGUCUCCAACUCGCCUUCCCAUUACUAGCAAUCGGCAGUCUAACUGUAAUCGCCUUCGGAUGGGUCCUCCACUUCGGUGUCCAUCUAGCGGCUCCCACCACCAUCCUAUUCGUAAUGGGACUAGGCUUGACCGGCGCAUUCAAUACAGUAAGUACGUUGCUUGUGGAUCUGUACCCCGGGAAUGCGAGCGCCGCGACAGCGUCGAAUAAUUUCGUCCGCUGUUUGCUGGGCGCGGGUGCUACGGCGCUCAUUGAUCCUAUGUUGAAUGCUAUGGGGAGGGGAUGGUGUUUUACGUUCAUUGCGUUUGUGAUGUUGGCCACGGCGCCGCUUUUGGGGGUUGUUGUGAGGUUUGGGCCGAGGUGGAGGGAGGAGAGCCCCCCAAAAACAAAACCCAAAACCAGAUAUAAUCGACCAAAAGACAUACAAAGAAAAGAAACAAUCCCAGUUGCUGAAUAUCCGGUGCAUUGCUCGCUAAAUCCGUCCAAUUCAAAUCAUAUCGUGACAUCCCAGAUGCAAGAGAAGGCUCAAUGUGAAGUAAAACUGACCAGAGAAGGAAAUGCAAGAGAUAGUAUGUGA